GCAGGAGGAAGGUCUGAGUGGAGGAGGGGUUGUAGUCAGAGUGCUGCUGCCUGAAAUGUGAAGCGUCCCACACUGGUCGUUCUUUAUGUAGGAUAUAACAUAACUGUGGAGAUGGCUGGAGGAUACUUGUUUCUGUCCUUAGUGAUCAUCCUGAACAUUUCCUCUUCAUUCCAAACCUCCAACACAGUGAAUCCAUGCUGCUACUACCCAUGCCAGCACAAGGGUGUGUGCGUAAGGUAUGAACAGGGAGAAUAUGAAUGUGACUGCACCCGGACUGGAUAUUAUGGGAGAAACUGCACUAUCCCUGAAUUAUUGACAAGGAUUCGAGAUUUUGUGCGGCCAAGUCCUAGUUUUUACCACUACAUCCUCACCCGGUUUAAAUGGUUUUGGGAUAUAAUAAAUAACACGUUCAUCCGUGAUACCAUUGUAAAGCUUGUUUUAACAGUGCGAUCCAAUUUGAUACCGAGUCCUCCAACAUAUAAUUCAGCCUAUGGAUACAUCAGCUGGGAGGCCUAUUCCAAUGUCAGCUAUUUCACAAGAGUGCUCCCACCCGUGCCAGACGAUUGCCCUACACCAAUGGGCACAAAAGGUAAACUCCAGCUGCCUGAUUCCACUUACCUGGUCGAGACUUUUCUAAAAAGGGAGAAGUUCCUUCCUGACCCACAGAAAACAAAUUUAAUGUUUGCCUUCUUUGCUCAACAUUUUACUCAUCAGUUUUUCAAGACUUUUGGGAGGAUGGGACGAGGUUUCAUUAAAGGAUUCGGUCAUGGGGUUGACCUCAGCCAUAUAUAUGGAGAUGGUCUGGAGCGCCAGCAUGCUCUGCGACUCUUCAAAGACGGAAAAUUAAAGUAUCAGAUAAUAAAUGGAGAUAUGUAUCCACCAACAGUGGUCGAUGCUCCAGUUCACAUGAUCUACCCGGAGAAUGUCCCUAUUGAAAAGAGGUUUGCUAUGGGACAGGAGGUUUUUGGACUUCUCCCUGGACUGAUGAUGUAUGCCACCCUAUGGCUUCGUGAACACAAUAGAGUGUGUGAUAUCUUAAAAAAGGAUCAUCCCGUAUGGGAUGAUGAACAGUUAUUUCAAACGGCAAGGCUUAUCCUAAUAGGAGAGACCAUUAAGAUUGUCAUAGAAGACUAUGUUCAGCAUCUAAGUGGAUAUUUCUUAAAGCUGAAAUUUGAUCCAGAAUUACUGUUUGGGGUCCAGUUCCAGUACCGUAACCGUAUUGCCGUAGAGUUUAACCAGUUAUACCAUUGGCAUCCUCUCAUGCCGGACAACUUCAACAUUUUGGGACAGGAUUACAACUAUAGUAGCUUUAUCUACAACACUUCAAUGCUCACGGAUUAUGGGGUGGAAGCUUUGGUGGAAUCCUUCUCACGGCAGAUAGCAGGAAAGGUUGGCGGUGGAAAUAACCUGCACCCACGUCUCUUGCAUAUUGCUGUAGGAGUUAUUGAAGAAUCCCGUAAACUUAGAUUGCAACCUUUCAAUGAGUAUCGUAAAAGAUUUGGCUUAAAAGCAUAUAAGUCUUUCCAGGAUUUAACAGGAGAAACAGAAGUUGCGUCACAACUUGAAUCCUUGUAUGGCGAUAUAGAUGCACUGGAAUUUUACGUUGGCAUUCUCUUGGAAAAAACUCUUCCAAAUUCUAUUUUUGGAGAGAGUAUGAUCGAACUAGGAGCACCAUUUUCACUUAAAGGACUUAUGGGAAAUCCUAUAUGUUCUCCAGAAUACUGGAAACCCAGCACAUUUGGUGGAGAAAUAGGAUUCAAUAUUGUCAAGACUGCUUCCAUAGAGAAGCUGGUGUGUCUCAAUGUCAAGAAUUGCCCCACGGUGGCCUUUCAUGUGAUAAAGGAUGAAGAAGAAAGUUCUAUAUCUUCAGGGUCAAAGACAAGUGAUGAGCUUUAGUUAAUGUUGUAUUGUGAGAAGGGGCUAGAUUAUUUUUUUUGCUCUUUCAUAUGUUGUUUUGGGAUGAUUGUAACAUCAAAAAUAUUAAUAUUUUUUUUUUCAUUUU